AUGGCCAUCCUGCCACCUAACUCGCGACUGAUCGAGUACGGUUGCAAAGAGAGACCGAUGUGCGACGCACUGUUUGGAAGCCGUGCGCCUGCGACGUCUGUGGAUGGCUACCUCCUUGGCCCGUCCAAGAAGAUUGCUGUCGAGACCGGCUCCAAUGCAUGGAUAGAGUACGUGGCCGUCUCCAUGCAGGGCUGGCGGGCGAGCAUGGAGGACGAGCACAACGCCAUACUGGACAUGAUGCAGUUCAAGGACAAGGUAUCCGGUGCUGCUACCGCUGCUCAAACCAGCAAGAAGUCGGCCUCGUCGCCGGCCUCGUCGCCGGCCUCGUCGCCGGCCUCGUCGCCGGCCUCGUCGCCCGCAAACUCGUCCUCGCCACGCGACGAGUCCGAAAGUCAUUGCCGGCGCCGCUCAGACGAUGGCUCGGACGCUUCUGCCUUUGACUCGACCGCAGAUCGGUCAGACUCGUCGUAUCGCUCAUACUCGGAGGCCCAGGAGGAGCCGCGCCGGUCGACCAAGGGCCGGUCGACCAAGGGCCGGUCGAACAAGGGCCGGUCGAGCAAGGGCCGGUCGAACAAGGGCCGGUCGAACAAGGGCCGGUCGAACAAGGGAAGCUCCAAAGGCCGGUCGAACAAGAGCCGGUCGAACAAGGGAAGCUCCAAAGGCCGGUCGAACAAGAGCCGGUCGAGCAAGGGCAGCUCCAAGGGAAGUUCCAAGCACAAGUCCUCGGCAUCUGGCUCGACGUCAUCAGCAGACACUCUGUCGCCGUCCAACGUUCGCGUGCAGAGCAAACGCAAGUCAAGCAGCAAGGGAAGCUCCAAGCGGAGCAAGGGCAAGCGCUCGGCCGGGAAACAGGUAUCACCGUCAGCGUCUGACUCGCCCUCAUCGUCCCAUUCGCCCACACCGGUCAUCUCCGAGUCAACGUCCGAGUCCGACCCCGAGUCUCAGCCCGAGCCCGAGUCCGAGUCUGAGCCCGAGUCUGAGCCCGAGUCCGAGUCUGAGCCCGAGUCCGAGUCCGGGUCGUCGAGCCCGGGCUGCGAGAGCGCAAAGUCAUCUGCUGACCAGGAGAGCCGCAACGACAGUGACAAGGGCAAGGGCAAGGGUAAGAGUAAGGGCAAGGGCAAGGGUAGGUCGCGGUUCAGCUUCCUGAUGCGCAAGCGACCUGUGCCCGAGGACGCGCCGCUGAUGUACUUUGCUGUGUACGACGGACACGGCGGCGACGAGGUGUCCAAGCUGUGUGCGGCGGUGCUACCUGCGGCGAUUGCGCAGCGGAUUCCGCACGAGUACUCGCCCAAGGACCUUGCGCGUGCGAUGAAGGAAACGGUGCUGCGGCUGGAUCGCAAGCUUAUUGCUGACAAGUUUGAGCUGGGGACAGAGCCUGGCUCGACGGCGAUCAUGACCCUUGUCUCCCCGACACACUUUGUGGUGGGCAACGUCGGCGACUCGAGGGCGCUGCUAUGCCGUGACGGCGAGCUUGUGGCCAUGUCGCGCGACCACAAGGCGAAUCUGCCGCACGAGCGGCGGCGGAUUGAGCGCGCUGGCGCGGUGGUCGAGCACUCUGAGGGUGACGACUACCGGGUCGGUGGCCUGGCCAUGUCGCGGUCGAUCGGUGACGUCGACCUCAAGCGAGUCCGCGGGCGGUCGCAGCUGCAGCAGCCGGUCAUUGCCGACCCAGAGUUUGCGGUCCGGCCCAACGACGGGCGGGUCUCGUUUAUGGUCGUCGCCUGCGAUGGCAUCUUUGACGCCAAAACCAACCAUCAAGUUAUCGCUUUUGUCAAGAGCCGCCUAGACCGCGGCCACUCGCUCAAAAAGGUGGCAAAGGCGCUCCUGCUCGACUGCCUCGACCCGCAGGCUGUCAACGAUCUCAACAACGCUAGCAGCGAGCACGGCGGGCGAUCGACCGCCCACGGCUCGACGGACAACAUGACCGCCAUCCUCAUCCGCUUCAAGACGUUUGACCCGUCCAAGGCCCAAGGCCUCGCUCGCGCCGACUCGACCGCCACCACGACCGCCACCGCCACGGCCUCGGGCUCUUCGCUCACCUCCUCAGCCUCGGGCUCAUCUCUCAACGCCGACGCCGAUGCCGAGAGCGACAGCGAGUCAGACGCGGCCUCGAGCUCGGAAGACGACGACGACGAGUCGUCGGCCUCAGCCUCGCCGUCAACCGAAGUCUCGGUCAAUCUCGAGGACUAUGUCGAGCGGCGGCCACAGCGCGGGUCGCGGCGGUCUAGCCGGCGGCGUGGGCGUGGGCGAACUAGCUCAGGCUCGGGCUCGGGCUCGGGCUCCCCGGCGCGGACCACGACGCGGUCUGGCCGGAUUCCAGCGUCGCCGCGGCGGAGCCGGUCGCGCCAUGAGUCAUCGGGCGGGAGUACGCCGCGCGACUCGCGCCGGCGCUCGUCGCGCUCCGCCCGCUACUAA